UUUACAUGAUGCAGAACCAUCAACAUCUGGGAAGCACUACGUCUACACCUCAUUUUAAAACUACUUUUGUCUAAUCACGUCCAUCACUCUAAGGUUUAAAGCUGCCAAUCUCAGUCAGAAUCAGGAAAAAGAGUCUUUGGACUAAUCCUGGUGGGAAAGGGGAUUAUGUGCUAUUAAAAAAACUUUCAAAACAUGAACCUAAAGCACAGUGGCUCCAGAGAGAAGGCUGAGCAGAAGCCACACAAACUGCUGGGGAAAUGUUUUCAUCACCAGCAUUCCUUAACCCAGCAACAGCCCCUGCACAAAGAUUGUAAAGAGCUUCCGGAUGCAAACUAUUUUGAGCUGAGAGCAUCCUGAGUUACAAAUUCCAUAAGAAGAGUUAAAACUGCCCAGUGGUGCUCAAAUUUAAAUGCUUUUGAAUGCUACUUGGCCAGGGGGACAGGACAUGGACUGACCUGCUCACUUCCUUUAAAAUCAGUUUCCAUCCAACACUUUCAUUUUAAGAAAAAUAAUAAUUAAGUGCUGAAACAUGGGAGUCUAACUAUGCAGCUUUAGGCAAGGACUUACUUUCCCCAUCUGUAAAGAGAGGACUCUCCAACAUCUCAUAGAUUUCUUCAAAGAAAAUAAAUUCUCAGACCUGUGUCUGGCUAUGCCAACAGCUACCUACCCUAACAUUUAUUUUCCCCUCCUCAUUAGUUCCAAAGGGUUACCAUACUGUUUAAAAAGCAAAGUUUAAGACGGUUAAACAUUAAAAAUGACACUUCUAUUGAAAUACUGUUGUUUGGUAUUUGUGUUAAAAAAAAUUGAAAGCAUGAUUUUUGUAGAUAGAAUUGACUACAAAAGGUUUUCUUUCUCAAUCAAUGGGGCAAUUUAGUUUAAAUUUUGAUUUUGCAUACAAAAUACCUAUUAAAGUAACCAAUAUGUAAUUUCUUUAAAAGGUGUUGCCAUGACCAAGGUAAGGGAAAUACAGCUUCAUCUCACUUCUUCCCACUUGGGUUUCUGAAAUACUGGUUAGUGAUGACAUGCAAUUUCCUAGAACACUAACAAAAUUCACUGUAAAAAACUUUCAUCCUUAAUGAAACAGAAAGAAGUGACUUACAGAAAUUCAAAUGGAACUCAUGUUAAAAACAAAAAACAAAAACAGGGACAAUAGCCCAUUAUGGCAUAUUCCCACUGUGAAUAAGCUUCCUCAAAAUGCCAAGCUGCCUCAAGGUCAUUCUCAGAAGCAAGAAUGUGGAUUCAUCACUAUUACAAGACUGGUUUUUCACCACUCCAAAAAGCAAAGAGAACACUGAGAAUUUUAGCUCUUUCAUAUUUGGCAAUCUAGACAAAAAAGUGGCUAUUUAAGAACAGUUAAAUGUACUUAAUUCUGUCUAUAACCUCAAAAUGAACAGGGGAUAAACAGAUAAAUGUCUACCUAAAAAAAGAAAUUUUUACCAAAAACUUUUUACUUUUCCUGCAUUCUGUGUUAAAACCAUUCACCAUUCAGUUGGCAGCCAACUCCAUCCCACCAAAUUCUAUCUCACCCUCUCCACUACCCAGUGAAUGUAAGCCCUGAUUGCAACGCUCAUUUCCUUGACUGUCUACAAGUAUGUCUUUUCUGGAGUGUGUGUUUCAGUGAGUCCUAGCCAACAGUGAACAUAAAUCUUAAAAGAUCAUUUCCUAACACUAUUAUAAUGAAAGUUAACAUUAGUUCUUCACCAAAAUCAAACACAAAGUUUGAGAAAUAUUUGGGUUUUCCCCCCCUCUAGUUCAUAAGUGAAUAUAUGUAAAGUCUUAUUUUGCAAAAUAAUAAUAACAACAACCACAUGAAUUUGGAGAACACCAGAAUAUCUCAAAUGGUCACUAUCAUCAUAAGCUUCCUUACGUCAUUUUUUUUUUUUUCAAAAGUUCCCUUAGACUCCCUGAAUUCCCUCUAGCUUGACAUUUCUCAUUUAGUGUUUUGAGAGAUUUUUCUCUUUAAAAGUAAAUACCAAAAGGGAUUCAUUUUAUGUUCUGGUGAGGUUUCCUCUGACUUUUUUUUUUUUACCUGGAAAACUAAGAAUCGGUAAGAAAAAAAGAGAUGAAACCAAAGCGCCCAGCUGGUCAACAAGGCAACAGAAGAAAUCCGACCCUAACUGACCGGGCAAUGGUUUUGCACUUAUAAACCAACCUUGGACCAGCUGACUUAGAACUCCCAAAAAUAUGCUUGGGACAUGAGUUCAUAUUCUCUUGCAGAAAAGCCACCUUACUCAAGAAAAAGAGCCUGACAAAGCCAUCUAAGGAUAUGGAUAAGACAGUGACGUUUUCAUACAUCCCUCACUAUGCUAGGCUCCAUUCAGGUAAUCAAUAAACAUUUGCAGUGCCCACAGGCAGAAUGAACAUUUACCCAAACAAUUUAAAUGCACACUGGAGGGUCCCUUUACAUACAAUCUAUUAGUUAUUAAAUACCUGUUUCAAUUUAUUAAGUUGUUUGGGUCAAAUUGACAAAUGCUCAUUCAUUAAGCUAUAAAUUCUCACAGCCUAGAGAAACAGACCCAAUACAUUCUUGAAUGAAAAUUACAGACUAUAAAAUAGCAAACACAAUAUAUUUUUAAGUAGAUGUUACAUACACCUAGAAAAAAAUUUAAAUGUAUAUAACCAAAAAUAUUACCAGUAAUUAUCCCUCUGCAUCAUGAUUUCCCCCAUCUAUUUAUAUGUCCAGCUUCUUCUAAAUGAGCUAAAGAGAAAAAAAGAUAAAUAAUACAUAUACCUUACCAGACUAUGUUAAAUCACACCUUUGUUUAUUUUAAAGGCUGUCUCAGGCAGGAUCCAAACUGCAACAAUUUUUUAAAUUAUAACUUUGAAAGGCUGAUGACUAUCAAUAUGUAUACUAGAGAGAUUGUCCUUCAACAGCUAGUAUCUUCAACUCAUAACCUCUUUUGGGGCACAAAAACUGAUGCUCUUUAAACUCAUAUGAUGCGAAACAUCUAGGGUGCUUUUUAAAAAGCGUGGACAAAUACAACUCUUUCCUCUAAAAGAUCAGACAAAUCUGAAUUGCUUCAGAACACAUACACAAAACUGAAAAGAACCUCUUUAGGAGACUUUCAUACAGUUAAAACUAUCUCCAAACCACAGUUCCAUCUACGUCAAUAUGCAACAUUUUAAAACCACACAAAAAGAAAAGGAAAUGUUUAGUACAGCCAACAGCCCUGCAAUGGAGCGGUUGCUGUGUCUAAGCAAACAGCUCGUGCUUCCUCUGAAGACCCAGGAGUGAGACCCAGCCUACUGAGGCUCAGAGAAUAUACCCCCAGAUUCUUUGAAUUUUUGACAGUUGUCCUUACUUUCCAUCAAGAUGACAAACAGUUCUGUCUUCUGCCCAGUUUACAGAGAUCUGGAGCCAUUCACUUACUUUUUUUAUUUAGUUUUCCUUGUUGGAAUUAUUGGAAGCUGUUUUGCAGCCUGGGCUUUCAUGCAGAAAAACACAAAUCACAGGUGUGUGAGCAUAUACUUAAUUAAUUUGCUUACAGCUGACUUCCUGCUCACUCUGGCAUUACCAGUGAAAAUUGUUGUGGACUUGGGCGUGGCCCCCUGGAAGCUGAGGAUAUUCCACUGCCAAGUAACAGCCUGCCUCAUCUACAUUAAUAUGUACCUAUCAAUUAUCUUCUUGGCAUUUGUCAGCAUUGAUCGCUGUCUUCAGUUGACAUACAGCUACAAAAUUUAUCGAAUACAAGAACCCGGAUUUGCCAAAAUGUUAUCAACUGUCGUGUGGCUAAUGGUCCUUCUUAUAAUGGUGCCAAACAUGGUGAUUCCUAUCAAAGAUGUGAAGGAAGAGCCAAGUGUGGGUUGCAUGGAAUUCAAAAAAGAGUUGGGAAGAAAUUGGCAUUUGCUGACAAAUUUCAUAUGUGUAGCUAUAUUUUUAAAUUUCUCAGCCAUCAUUUUAAUAUCUAACUGCCUUGUAAUUCAACAGCUUUACAGAAACAAAGAUAAUGAAAAUUAUCCAAAUGUGAAAAGAGCUCUCAUCAACAUACUUUUAGUGACUACAGGCUACAUCGUAUGUUUUGUUCCUUAUCACAUUGUCCGAAUCCCAUACACCCUCAGCCAGACGGAGGUCAUAACUGACUGCCCAACCAGGAUUUCACUCUUCAAAGCCAAAGAGGCCACGCUGCUCCUGGCUGUCUCGAACCUGUGUUUCGAUCCCAUCCUGUACUAUCAUCUCUCAAAAGCAUUCCGCUUAAAGGUCACUGAGACUUUUGUUUCCCAUAGGGAGACCAACGUACAAGAAAAAUCAACUUGCGAAAACAAUGCAUAAAACAUCAGAUUUUUUCAUGCUAUCACUUCUUGCCUUACUGGACAGUAAGUUGAAAACUACUGGGAGAGGAAAAAGCCUCAGUGAGCAAAAAUACAGCCAGCUACCAAGUGUGACCUGGUUUUCUGAGAUACUCAGUAAAUACAAACUACAAGUAGGCUUGUAGUUAUUGAUAUUCCUUAACCCAAAUGCAGCAAAGAAAGACUUGUUGAACCAAUGCAAAACACUGCAAUACCUUUGAAAUCCAAAGAAGUUCUCUGACAUGGACUCAAGAGGUAUUCAUUUCAGUGCAUUGUACUGACUUCUUGAGAGAAAUAUGCAAAAUAAUGUCUGUGUAAGUUGCCAGAAAGAAAGCCUUUCAGCAACAGUCACUUAGAUGAGCUUUAAAAAAAAAAAAAGGCCAGCCAAUUUUUACAAGAAACUACCUGUGCCUGGUUUUUAAUCCAUCACUUCAAAGAUGAUGAGCUUUUAGCUCACUACUCCAAUUUUUAACAUCUGAUUGUUUGCCAACAUAACUAAACUAAAACUAAAAACUUAAACCAAAUAACGUAACUAAAGUUUUACUUCUAAAAACGCUUGUUUAUACAUGGACAAUUUUUAAUGUACUAUAUAUACUUACAUCCUCCCUAUAAACGUUAUAAAUAAAAGAUUUUUUGCUGUCAGUAAUGACAAAUACAGUGAUUUCUUACUUUUAUUUUGUAGAACUAUGAAAUAGACCCUAUAACAUUUUUAAGGGCAU